AUGGGCAGCAAUACGGAAUCCGAUGCCGAGAAGGCGUUGGGCUCUCGCCUGGAUUACGACCUGAUGAUGGCCGAGGAGUACAUCCUCAGCGAUGUGGAGAAGAAUUUCAUAUUGUCCUGCGAGCGGGGUGACCUGCCAGGUGUCAAGAAGAUCCUCGAGGAGUACCAGGGAACGGACAAGUUCAACAUUAACUGCACGGACCCCAUGAACCGCUCCGCCCUCAUUUCGGCCAUCGAGAACGAGAACUUCGACCUGAUGGUGAUCCUGCUGGAGCAUAACAUCGAGGUGGGCGACGCCCUGCUGCACGCCAUCUCCGAGGAGUACGUGGAGGCCGUGGAGGAGCUGCUGCAGUGGGAGGAGACCAACCACAAGGAGGGCCAGCCCUACAGCUGGGAGGCGGUGGACCGCUCCAAGUCCACCUUCACCGUGGACAUCACGCCCCUGAUCCUGGCCGCCCACCGCAAUAACUACGAGAUACUCAAAAUCCUCCUGGAUCGCGGGGCCACGCUGCCCAUGCCGCACGACGUCAAGUGCGGCUGCGAUGAGUGCGUGACCUCCCAGACGUCGGACUCCCUGCGCCACUCGCAGUCGAGGAUCAACGCAUACCGCGCCCUGUCCGCCAGCUCGCUGAUAGCGCUCAGCUCCCGGGACCCUGUACUGACCGCCUUCCAGUUGUCCUGGGAACUCAAGCGCCUGCAGGCGAUGGAAUCGGAGUUUCGUGCCGAAUACACGGAGAUGCGUCAGAUGGUGCAGGACUUCGGGACCUCGCUCCUGGACCACGCACGCACAUCCAUGGAGCUGGAGGUGAUGCUCAACUUCAACCACGAGCCGUCCCACGACAUCUGGUGUCUUGGCCAGCGGCAAACCCUGGAACGACUGAAGCUGGCCAUUCGCUACAAGCAGAAAACGUUUGUGGCACAUCCGAACGUGCAACAGUUGCUGGCCGCCAUUUGGUACGACGGACUGCCGGGAUUCCGGCGCAAACAGGCCUCCCAGCAGCUGAUGGACGUGGUGAAGCUGGGCUGCAGCUUCCCCCUCUACAGCUUGAAGUACAUCCUGGCCCCGGACUCCGAUGGGGCCAAGUUCAUGCGCAAGCCCUUUGUCAAGUUCAUCACGCACUCCUGCUCCUACAUGUUCUUCCUGAUGCUCCUGGGUGCUGCCUCGCUGAGGGUGGUGCAAAUCACCUUUGAACUCCUUGCUUUUCCCUGGAUGCUGACCAUGCUGGAGGAUUGGCGCAAGCACGAGAGAGGUUCCCUACCGGGUCCCAUCGAACUGGCAAUCAUCACCUACAUAAUGGCUCUGAUAUUUGAGGAACUGAAGUCGUUGUACUCGGAUGGCUUGUUCGAGUACAUCAUGGAUCUGUGGAACAUAGUGGACUACAUAUCGAACAUGUUCUAUGUGACGUGGAUUCUUUGUAGAGCCACCGCUUGGGUUAUCGUCCAUCGCGAUCUCUGGUUCCGGGGCAUAGAUCCGUACUUCCCACGGGAGCACUGGCAUCCGUUUGAUCCAAUGCUUCUAUCGGAGGGCGCCUUUGCCGCCGGAAUGGUCUUCUCCUACCUGAAGCUCGUCCACAUCUUCUCCAUAAAUCCGCACUUGGGACCCUUGCAAGUCUCACUGGGUCGCAUGAUAAUCGAUAUCAUCAAGUUCUUCUUCAUCUACACACUGGUGUUGUUUGCCUUCGGAUGUGGUCUCAACCAGCUGCUGUGGUACUACGCUGAGCUCGAGAAGAACAAGUGCUACCACCUGCAUCCCGAUGUGGCUGACUUUGAUGACCAGGAGAAGGCUUGUACCAUCUGGCGUAGAUUUUCCAACUUAUUCGAGACAUCGCAAUCGCUCUUCUGGGCCUCCUUUGGCCUGGUGGACCUGGUCUCCUUCGAUCUGGCUGGAAUCAAGAGCUUCACCCGUUUCUGGGCCCUGCUGAUGUUCGGCUCCUAUUCGGUUAUCAACAUCAUCGUGCUCCUCAACAUGCUGAUUGCCAUGAUGUCCAACUCCUACCAAAUCAUCUCGGAGCGAGCCGACACCGAGUGGAAGUUCGCCCGAUCCCAGCUGUGGAUGAGCUACUUCGAGGAUGGCGGCACCAUUCCGCCGCCCUUCAAUCUCUGUCCCAACAUGAAGAUGCUGAGGAAGACGCUGGGGCGAAAGCGACCGUCACGCACCAAGAGCUUCAUGCGAAAGUCCAUGGAACGGGCACAGACGCUGCAUGACAAAGUGAUGAAGCUGCUGGUCAGGAGGUACAUUACGGCGGAGCAGCGGCGGCGGGACGAUUACGGCAUUACCGAGGAUGAUAUCAUUGAGGUGCGCCAGGACAUCAGCUCCUUGCGCUUCGAGUUGCUGGAGAUUUUCACCAACAAUAGCUGGGAUGUGCCCGACAUUGAGAAGAAGUCGCAGGGAGUUGCUCGAACCACCAAGGGCAAGGUGAUGGAACGCCGCAUCCUCAAGGACUUCCAGAUUGGCUUUGUCGAGAAUCUGAAGCAGGAAAUGAGCGAGUCCGAGAGCGGACGAGAUAUAUUCUCCUCGCUGGCCAAGGUCAUCGGCAGGAAGAAGACCCAGAAGGGAGACAAGGAUUGGAACGCCAUUGCGAGGAAGAAUACUUUCGCCUCCGAUCCCAUUGGCUCCAAGCGGUCCUCCAUGCAACGUCAUAGCCAGCGAAGCCUGAGGAGGAAGAUCAUCGAGCAGGCGAACGAGGGUCUCCAGAUGAACCAGAACCAACUGAUUGAGUUCAAUCCCAACUUGGGUGAUGUGACGCGUGCCACAAGAGUGGCCUAUGUCAAGUUCAUGCGAAAGAAGAUGGCUGCCGACGAGGUAUCCUUGGCCGAUGACGAGGAUGCUCCCAAUGGCGCAGUGGAGAAGAAGCCGCUGGAUGCCUCUGGGUCCAAAAAGUCCGUAACUAGUGGUGGCACUGGAGGAGGAGCUUCUAUGCUGGCUGCAGCUGCUUUAAGAGCAUCGGUCAAGAAUGUGGAUGAAAAGUCCGGAGCCAGUGACAAGGAUCAGAAGUCCGAUGGCAAGCCCGGCACGACGAGCAAGCCAACGGAUGACAAGAAACCAGGUGACGAAAGGGAUAAGCAGCAGCCUCCCAAGGACUCCAAGCCGCCAGCAACGGGUCCCAAGCCCGGCGAUCAGAAGCCAACUCCGGGUGCGGGAGCUCCGAAGCCCCAGUCUGCUGGCACUGUCAGCAAGCCCAGUGACCCACAAAAGAAGGACGCUCCGGCACCACCAAGCAAACCCGGAGACACUAAGCCUUCUGCUCCCAAACCAGGAGAGCCCGCAAAGCCCGAGGCAGCGGCCAAAAAGGAGGAGUCUUCUAAGACCGAGGCCAGCAAGCCGGCAGCUACGAAUGGAGCAGCCAAGAGCGCAGCUCCCUCCGCUCCUUCGGAUGCCAAGCCAGAUCCCAAACUGAAACCGGGAGCAGCUGGAGCACCCGAAGCAACGAAGGCAACCAAUGGGGCCUCCAAGCCGGACGACAAGAAGAGCGGGCCGGAGGAGUCCAAAAAGGGUCCAGCAGACUCCAAGCCAGGAGACGGUGCCAAGGACAAGGAUAAGAAACCGGGCGAUGAUAAGGACAAGAAAUCUGGCGACGACAAAGACAAGAAACCUGCCGACAAUAAUGAUAAGAAGCCAGGUGAUGACAAGGACAAGAAGCCGGGUGACGAUAAGGAUAAGAAGCCGGGCGACGAUAAGGAUAAGAAGCCGGGUGACGACAAGGACAAGAAGCCAGGUGAUGAUAAGGACAAGAAGCCUGCCGAUGACAAGGACAAGGACAAGAAGCCAGGAGCAGCUCCUCUGAAGCCGGCGAUCAAGGUGGGUCAGAGCAGUGCGGCAGCUGGCGGAGAACGGGGCAAAUCCACAGUCACAGGACGCAUGAUCUCCGGCUGGCUUUAA